AUGCCAGGCACUUCAUCACCUGUUUCUCCAGGAUCUUCUGAGCCACCAAUGUCGUUUCAAUUCGUCAACCUCACGGAUCCUAGCGAUACCAAGGAUCAAAAGGUUCGACGAGCCAUUCGAAGUCAUGUCACCAAGCAACAACAUCACAAAGCAGAACAACUGGCAGCAGCUCGAAGAUCAAACAGCGAUCCGCAGUUGCUUGGUACAUCAUCAGCACAAAUCUCGCAAGGUCGGACGCAUGCCGCAUCCUAUCCUAUGUCAAGACCUACUUCCUCGGGUCAGAAAAGCCCAGUAUCUCCCACCAGCAGCUCUGACGUGUCUUCAUUUUCAUCGACACCUCAAUACCCCAUGAUAGACGUAUCACAGAUCUAUCCGGCUCAGUGGCUUCCUUAUCUGAACCAGAUCCUGGAGCACUAUCUUACAUACACAGCCAAAGAUGUACUGCAUUCAGACGAUGCACCUACAAUGGCCCUCCUGAGAUCUGUCUGGAUGCCAUUCGUUAUGACUGACGUGGCACUGCUUCAUGCUGUGCUUCUAUUUGCUGCAUCGCUUUUUCGGUCUUCCAUGGCUGCGCACACUCAGGUUGUAGAUCUAUUUCAGCUUAAAGACAUGGCCAUCCAAGCCAUGAACGAGAACCUUACGACCAAGGACUCCAUGAUAGCAACCAUGGCAACCAUGGCUCAGUAUGAGGCCUUCUGGAGGGAUGCAGAUGCAUUCUCGACGCACAUGAGUGGCCUCCGACAAUUUGUUGAGAUGCGCGGUGGACUCUCGGCACUAGGAUUAGAUGGGUUUCUCGAAAAGAUGUUGGUAGCCAUUGAUCUCGAGUUGGCUAGAACCACUGGACACGAGCGAUUGUUUGCUUCAAGCCGACAAUCCCUCCGUCGACAAGGAUCGCACGGCUAA